UGUUGCACGCACACGUUCGUGUUUGACAGUACAGCAUAUGAUUUUGUUUUGGUUUUUGCGGCACAAUGUUAGUGCAAUUUUAUCUGUUCAAAUUGUGACUUAAAUCACAAAAUACUGACCUGAAAUCCAGUGAUUUUGUGCGACCAAUCGGUCACUGAGCGAUACCUCUAAAGAUGAAAUCGAAAUCAAUAAUCGACUAUUGCAAUAAGUUAAUACUUGCACCAAUGGUGCGGGGUAGCUUACUACCAAUGAGACUGCUGGCAUUACGAUAUGGUGCUGAUUUGGUUUACACGGACGAGAUUAUCGAUCUAAGCAUGUUACAAACGACACGGAGAGUAAACAGUGUUCUUGGAACGAUUGACUUCAUAAAUGAAGACAGUGGCUGUCUUUUAUUUCGAACGUGUCCUGCAGAAAAACAGAAAUUAAUUUUCCAAAUUGGUACGGCAGACCCCCAGAGGGCGAUACAAGUUGCGAGAAUGGUCCAAAAUGAUGUAUCCGGCAUUGACAUUAAUAUGGGAUGUCCGAAGCCAUACUCAACGUCAUUAGGUAUCGGAGCUGCUCUUUUGUCCAAUGUAAAUGUUGCGAAAAAAAUUGUUCAGGGAUUAGUAGAAAACAUAGACCUUCCAGUUACAUGUAAAAUAAGAGUUUCAGAUGACAUUGAGCAAACACUGAAUAUGGUCAAAGAUUUCGAAACGUUGGGUGUAAGUGCCAUUGCAGUACAUGGGAGAACAAGGCGUCAAAAAUCUUUUGAGCAAGUGAACAAAGAUGCGAUUCGAAAAAUAGCAGAGAGUGUACAAAUACCAAUAAUUGCCAAUGGUGGAUCACUAGACAUAAAGCACUUUUCAGAUAUACUUAAGUUCAAAGAAGAUUGCGGAGCUACUAGUGUAAUGGUUGCAAGAGCAGCCCUUCAAAAUCUAAGUGUUUUCCGGAAAGAAGGCACAAUUGAUGUGCAAGACGUCAUCACCGAAUAUUUAAAACUCUGUGCCGAUUUCGGCCAUCCAUGGAGUAAUGUUGAGUAUUGUCUACGAAAAAUGCUUCUUCCAUUGGGUAAAGUUGAAAAAUCUCCGAUAGGAAAUGACUUUGUGGCAGCUGAAUCGCUAGAAGCAUUCUGUGACAUAUGGAAUUUAGGAGAUUACUGUCGUGACAAGCAAUCGGAAUAUAAGUCGAAAGGCUUACAAGACGUAAUAGUAAGCCCUCCAAGAGGAAUUAACACACCACUUGAAUUGAUUCUGGCCCGCGAAGAAAAAUGCAGCGAAAAAAAUAUCAUUCACGAACGCAUGCAGUACAAACGAAAACUGUUCGGCUGUUACAGCAUUCCGAAAUCCAUACUCUACGGUUAUUGUGGAAGAAAUGACAUACCUACACCAACAUACGAUACCACAAGGAUUGAUCGUCAGUUUUACUGCAUUAUCACAGUCCGAGAUAAGCAGUAUACCAGUGUGCUUUUGCAAAAGGACGAAAGAUAUGCUCAACAGGCUGCUGCACUCGUUUGUUGCUAUCAUUUGGGUCUUUAUGACGAAGAUUUUUUAGUGUCUAUCGGAUGUCUUUAUAAACGUUGUGACAUGGUAUCAGCUUCGAAGCUUUGAUGUUGUUAUUUUGAAUUGAAUAGAAAAACCCAAAAAUCUAGUCAAAAAUUGAAA